AUGGCCGCUCUUCCUGGUGUUAGCGUAGACUGCGACACUUUAGUGAAAUGUUUACUAGAAGCUGGCGUUGACCCCCUGGCGACGAACGACGACGGCAAAACGUUUCUACACAUCAUAUUUGGUCGACAAAUUGACAGUUCUCUUCGUUUAACACAAGAAUAUGUUGAUAAGAUAGAUUGGUUCGUUGAGGAUAGAGCCGAGUUGUUACAGCUGCUCUCCGAAGAACUGUCGGGGGAAAGGCGUUCUCUGUUGGUGAACAUACGAGAUUGCAAUGGCGACACAGUGUUACAUAAAUACGCGAUGAAUACAAUGGUUCAAGAUGAACUCAUUCUAUGCGAGAAAUUACUGGGUUUUGGUGCAAGCUUGAGGAUUCCAAACAACUCCGGUGAAGUGCCUCUUCACUAUGCUCAUUAUUCCUCUUUGUUUGAUAUUUUCAUUCAGAAGGGAGCUGUAUGUCGGGCAAGAAAUGAUCGCGAUGAAACACCAGUUUUGUUCAUCCUGAAAAAAGCGCUCGAAUUCGCGUUUGCCGAGACGUCUGCCGCUGCUGAGCUCGAGAGUCAAGGUUAUGUGGAGGUAGCAAGCGACCGAAUGUUUAUUGAGUCAGCUGAAAGAAUACUGGAAGAACUAAGGAACACAGUUUCAUACAAAAAACCAACGACAAAUACAUUUGGGAUUCCUGACCUACACGGCAACACUUCAAUUGAUUUGGUAUUGAUUGCUAUUAGAAUUGAAUCGUAUGAUUUUCGCUCUCGAUGCACUCAUCGAAUGGGAAUUCGAACAUCUUUGAUGCAACUACUAUGCGAGAUGGUACGCCAUGCAACACCAAUCGAUAUGAAACACCAAAAUAGCAAGGGUCAAAGUUUGUUACAUGUUCUUCUCGACAUGGGUGAUGACCAGCAACACAAGAUCAUUCAAGAAAUAUUCGUUCUCCAAAGCCUCCAAAUUCUACUAGAGCACCAAACGGAUGUAAACGCAGUGGAUUUAAAGGGACGCACUCCUCUAGACAUCACACGUGAACACUUCGACAAAGGACCAGCCCUUUACAACAGAAUUGCUAACUUGCUUAUCGAACGCGGAGCAGUAACGGGUAAAUCAUUCUCAAAUCAACCAUCGCCUGAAUCCAGCUUGCUUCCAGAAAUGUCCAAUUUGUGUAUUCAGACGAGAAAGCUACGAUCGUGUCCGAAGCGUCACGGGGAAAACGCGCGUAGUUUAACCAACCCAUCAACGGAAGUCGUUGUCGUCGGAAAAUAUCGUUAUUCCAAUCAAUAUUUGAUCGGCACCGGAGCAUUUAGUUCGGUUUUUAUCGCCAUUAAAGACGAGUAUGACAGCAAAACUGGGAUAAUCGAAUGUCGCGCGUACGCGUUGAAACGGCUUGAAAAGGCGAAGAUAAAUCCCCAGGAAAUCAAACGAGAAAUCACGACCUUUCUCAAAAUAUCUGGCGAGUGUGACAACAUCAUCAAAUGUCACGAAACUGUAGAAGAUCGUUCCUUUCAAUAUCUUUGCCUCGAGCUGAUGGACGGUGAUCUUAACGAAUUUGUCAACAAUGAAAACGUCAACAAAGUUAUGGAAGAAAAUCCAUCGAUUCAUGUUCAAAUCGCUAAAGAAAUCAUCGAUGGUCUGGCUUACCUUCACAAGAAGAAGUUUAUUCAUCGCGAUCUUAAGCCAGGAAACAUCUUGUACACAACUGAUCCAAAAUUACAUUUCAAGAUCACCGAUUUUGGAUUGACGAAGAAUCUGUCCACUUCUUCCUCAAUGACGUCGACAAGAGGGAAUGGUAUUGCCAUGGCAGCCGGUACACGAUGUUGGAUGGCGCCAGAGUUAGUCAGCAUGACAUCAAGAGAGCACACUGAACAGUCUGAUAUAUUCUCCUUGGGCCUGGUUCUUCAUUAUCUUCUCACUUUGGGAAAACAUCCCUUCGCAACCAGAAAUGACGAACCACCUUAUCUUAUUGAACGUAAGAUCGUCGAUAUGCAGAUCAGCCUCGACCUAGCGUUGGGUCCAGAAGCCAUUAGCCUUUUUAAAAACCUUUUGACAAAAGAUCCUUCCAAGCGAAUACCAGCGGCCUAUCUCAAACAGCAUCCAUUUCUCUGGAGCGAGAGCAAAAAGACUGAAUUUCUGAAAGCAGUUGGCGAUCAACCCGAAGCUGUUAAUCCGUUUAAUUCAGCAAUUGAAAGAAGCUUGCAGAUGACAAACAUUGGGCAACGGGUCACGAUUAAUUCUUGGGAAAGGAGCAUUCAAUUGUUGUAUGCUGAGAUGAUGAGAACGUGUAAAUUCAAGAAAUAUCGUACUGAUAAAGUGAUCGACUUGCUGAGAUUUAUUCGCAAUGCCUACGCCCACAAACAAGAGAGAUCGCUCCAAAUACAAAAAUAUCUUGAUGAAAACAUCUUCCUUCGGGUCUAUCCCACACUUGUUCUUGAUGUAUUUUCCGUUGUACAACAGUUUGGGCUGGGCGAAAACCGCAGCAAUAUUCGCCAAGCUUUGAGCUUAAAUUUAUGA